AUGGGUCGUGGCACUGGAAUUAUGAGGGAAAUAUUUACAUUGUUUUGGUCCGAAUUUGCAGACUCAUCAAUGAUUGGAGAAGAGGAGAGAGUACCUUUUAUCAGACAUGACUAUAACAGAGAAACAUGGCAAGCAGUUGCUAGAAUUUUAGUUAAAGGGUUCACGGAUUGCUCAUACUUUCCAUUGCGGCUCAGUAAGGUUUUCAUGUGCAAUGUAUUUUACAACAAAGCUUUAGUGACGGUGCCCAUAUUGUUAUCAUCAUUAAAAUGUUACGUUUCCAAGCAUGAAGCAGAAAUUGUGGAGCAAGCUUUAUCAAAAGACAUCCCUCUCGAUAGUAAAGAUCUAAAGGACUUCCUAAGCAAUUUUGAUUGCAGGAGAGUAGCAAGUCUUCAUAACAUCCAUGACAUCAUGGAGUUGGCCCAUAAGGAACUCAUUCAAAAGCCAAAGUACGUGUCAGAUUGCUGGUCUGAUAUUAUUGCCAAGUUAAAGCUCUAUUUUCCUACCAUUGAAAAUCUUGUUGCAUUUUACAAAAGUCAUGAGCCAACAAAUGCGAAAGUUGUUGAUAUGCUACACACAGAUAUUACCAACGAUGGAGAGAGAGAGGCAUUUAAUCACUUGAAGAAAUACGUUAGAGGUCUAGAGAAGAGCAAGUUAUAUGCAUUCCCGAAGUUUGUCACAGCAGCAGAUAUAAUAAUUACUGAUAAAAUUCUAGUCAGUUUCAGUACAAUUACUGGUGCUGCUCGUAGGCCCAUCAGCCACACAUGUGGAUGUACACUUGAACUGCCCAGCACUUACGCAAAUUUCUGUGAACUUAGAGAGGAAUUUAGUAAUAUCCUUUUAGUGGACAGUUGGGAAAUGAACAUUGUUUAA